AUGUCAAGUGAGCUGCUCAAGUACGAGUUCGUGUGUAAGCUAUCGGAGCUCCCGCCGAUGUCCAAGAAAUGCGUUGAGCUACCGACUUCCCAUCGUAGCGUGAUGCUGCUCCAUGUCCGAGGACAAGUUUUCUGCAUGGAUCAAGCUUGUUACCACCACGGUGGGCCUCUAGUUAAUGGAGACAUUGAAGAAAUGGGUGGCAAGCCGACAAUCAAGUGUCCGUGGCACGCCUACCACAUUGCACUAGAAACUGGUGAAGGACUUUACCUGGGUAUGGACAUGGCUAUGACCUCAGAUGGAAAACUACUGCCGUCAUCGCCCACACUCAAGUCCAAGGGCGUCAAACAACGCACACACUUUGUACAACUGCGGAACAAUGGACAAGAUGUCUACGUUGCUGAUUCCUGUGCCAUCCCAGGAGCGUCCGCGAUCCAAUCAGACGUGUACGCCUUCCCAACCGCUAAACUCCCGGUGGCUGCAAAGAAGGGUGAAGUGCGGAUCCAUUCGCGGUUCGAGUAG